AUGGGACGUGUCAUCUGGAGCUUGAUCUUGGGCUCGGGACGUCUUGUAAGCAGCCUCCGAUUACGGACCAGGGUUCCAGCACCGUGCCAGGCUUGCCAGGCCCCGCCACGCCACGCUGCACAUCCCUACCCUGCCCUCUUCACCCUCGACACCCCUGCUCACCCCUGCAGUGGGGAGGCGAGGGUUUUGGGGAUGAUGUUGGGACGGUCGCUGGGACUGUGGUGCUUGCUGGUGUUGGGGGCGAGGAGGCAGCCGGGGGCACGAGGGCAGCAGGGGAUGGUGGUGGGCACGUCCCGGCUGCGGCGGGUGGAGCUGCUGGUGGUGGUGGACGUGGGUCUGGCGCACGCACUGGGUGGGGAGGUGCGCCCCUAUGUGCUGGCGCUGCUGGGAGCGGCGGAUCGGCUGUACCGGCACCCGUCGCUGGGCAGCGCAGUGAGGCUGGUGGUCAGCCGGCUGGAGGUGGUGUGGGACCAGGCCAUGGGUCCGCGGGUCGUUCCCGACGCCAGGCAAACUCUGCACGCCUUCUGCCGCUGGCAGCGGGAACGGCGGCAAAUGGGAGACUGGGGAGAGGCACCGUACGAUGCUGCCCUGCUGCUGACACGAGAGAACCUCUGUCAGGAAAACUUCUGCGAGUCGCUGGGGCUUGGCCACAUUGGGACGGUGUGUGAGGUGGAUGGUGGUCAGAACUGUGCCGUGGUCCAGGACAUCGGCCUUCAGAGUGCCUUCACCGUCGCUCAUGAAAUUGGACAUCUCAUCGGUAUGGCGCACGACAACUCGGAGAUUUGUGUGCAGAUGGGGGAGGACUCCUGGGGUCACCAGAUGAUGUCUCCCAUGUUGUCCAGAGUCAACAUGGCUGCGCCCUGGUCCCUCUGCAGCUUUCGCUUAUCCCUCGGAUUCUUUGCAAGUGGCAGGGGUGACUGCCUCUUGAACGAACCGUCCGUCUCUUUGGCUGAAUCCGUCCCUCUUGCCGGCACGACCUAUGACCGGGAUAUCCAGUGCCGGUUGUCCUAUGGCCCGGGGUUCCGGGCGCGACCGGGCCUGGACCCGUGCCCGAUGCUGUGGUGCUUGGCUCGGCACCAGGGUGAGUGGCAGCACGUCAGCAAGCAGCUGCCCGCCGCCGACGGGACCCCGUGCGGGGGAACAGCCGUCUGCCUCCGCGGCAAGUGUACCGCCAACUGGAAACAACUGACUCCGGUAAACGGGAGCUGGGGUUCCUGGGGUCCGUGGAGAUCCUGCUCUCGUUCAUGUGGCGGUGGGGUCCAGUACUCUCGGCGCCGCUGUGACAAUCCCACUCCCACCAACUUCGGCCACUUCUGCCUGGGGACGUGGGAGAGGUUCCAAUCGUGCAACCUGGAGUCGUGCCCGAACGACAACGGUGUGAGUUUCCGGCAGGAGCAGUGCGAGGCGAGGAACGGCUCAUCUCCGGACGGGACGCUGCAGGAGUGGGAACCGUACUACCAUGGCAUCCGCUGGCCAGACCUCUGCAAACUCAACUGCCUGCUGAAGGGCACCGACCUGGUCACAGUCUUCUCCGUCAAGGUGAGGGACGGUACGCGCUGCUACCCGCACAGUGACGCAGUGUGCGUGAGGAGCCAGUGUGUGAGGACCGGCUGUGACGGGGUGAUCGGCUCCAGGAAGCGCUACAGCCGAUGCGGUGUGUGUGGGGGCUCGGACACCGACUGCGAGAGGGUGAUCGACCACUUCCGCGGCAAAGCGGUGAACUACACCGAGGUGGUGGUGAUCCCGCGGGGGGCAGCCAGACUGAAGGUGCAGCAGUUGCCCCGGAGGGGGCAUUCCCGGCUCUCUGCCUACCUGGCCGUGCGGAGGGAGGACGGCAGCUACGCGGUGAAUGGGGAGGGGCGGGUCACCGUCUUCCCCAGCCUGAUCCAGGCGGGGGGAGUGGCGCUGCAGUACUCGGGCUGGGGACCCCGCCGCGACAAGCUGGAGGCCCUGACCCACCGGCCUCUCACCCACGCCCUCAACCUGCAGGUCUACCAUCCCCGAGGCCGAGGGGUGGUCCGCCUCACUUACUCCUACUACCGGCAGAAGCAGAGCGCGAAGCCGACGGGGGCGCCAGGACCUGACCCCGGCGUGCUCAGCCCUAACCCUGCCCUCGUGCCCGGCAUAGGCCCCACUCCUGUAGCAAUACCGCUCCCAACCCCAAUCCCUGCACUGGACCCCACUCUGGUCUCGAACCCUGUCCCCAGUCAAGACCAAGCUGGGGUCUCCAACCCAGACCCCACACCUAUACCAACCCCAGUCCCCACCCCCAUCGCCACUCUAGCCCCUACUGCAGUCCCGAGUCGUGUCCCCAGCCUUAGCUCCAGCCAGGAGCACACAUCACCACUUCCUCCUGCCCCCACCCCCGGCGGGGCCCUGGCUACCGCCCUGGUUUGCUGGCGGGCAGGACCCUGGCAGCUCUGCUCAAGUUCCUGUGGGGUGGGCUGGGUGGCGAGGAGGGUGCAUUGUGUGGAUGGAGCAGGGAGGCCAGCCCAGGGUUGCAGCCCAGAGCAGCAGCCACUCGCCAUGGCGCUGUGUGUGAGAGGGGCUUGCCAGGGGAAAGGGAGGCUUAGACCCAAGGUGAAGCUCGCUGCAUACCGUCCCAUCACACACUCCAGGAGCAAGGGUUAGACACAGGGGAGGCUCCCUCCGCACCGUUCCUUCACGCACUCUCAGGGCACGCGACAGACACAUUGAAGCUCCCUCUACGUCCAGUCUCAUACUCCCUGGUCACAGAUGAAACUCCCUCUGCACUGUCCCAUCCCCCACUCCCAGGCCACGGGUCAGACGCGGUGAUUAUAGACGGAUAUAACUCACAAUUAGUCUGUCUGAAUCUAUUUAUACCACCUGCUGACAUUUCCAUAAUUUGACAUUUCUAACAUUCAAUAAAUCUGC